GAAGCAUUAUUCAAUAAUUAUAAUCAUGUCCCUCAAGCUUGUGUUGGUGCUGUAUUUUCUGGUUACAGUGGUAGCAAGUAAAGAUGUCAGUUUCAUCUAUAACAAUGGAUUCCAAUCAUCUCAUUUGUAUCUUGAUGGUAUUGCUGAGUUAACCUCCAAUGGGUUACUCAGACUCACCAAUGACACCAACCAAGAAAAGGCUCAUGCUUUUUAUCCAAAUCCUAUACUUUUCAAGAAUACUUCCAAUGGAAGUGUGUCUUCUUUCUCAACUACUUUUGUGUUUGCCAUAAGACAUGAAAUUCCAGUUAUUAGUGGUCAUGGAAUUGUUUUUGUUGUUUCUCCAACAAAAGGGUUACCAAAUUCACUACCAAGUCAAUACCUUGGUCUAUUUAACAAAUCCAACAAUGGAAACAGUAGCAACCAUGUUUUUGGGGUGGAACUUGAUACUAUUCAAAGCAGUGAGUUUAAUGAUAUCAAUGGCAACCAUGUUGGUAUUGAUAUCAAUGAUUUGAAAUCAGCUACUUCAACUCCUGCAGGAUAUUAUGACAAUAAUGGUCAGUUGAAGAAUUUGACCCUUAUCAGUGGCUAUCCUAUGCAGGUUUGGAUUGAAUAUGAUGGUGAAAAGAAGAAGAUUGAUGUUACUUUAGCUCCUAUUAAUGUUGUUAAACCAAAACAACCUUUGUUGUCAAUUGUCAAAGAUCUUUCUCCAAUUCUUCACAAUAGUAUGUAUGUUGGGUUUUCAUCAGCUACUGGAUCUGUUCAUACUUCUCAUUAUAUUCUUGGCUGGAGUUUUAGGCUUAAUGGUCAAGCUCAAAACUUUGUAAUUUCUGAACUUCCUAAGCUACCAAGACUUGGCAAGAAAAAAGAGUCCAAAUUUUUAAUUUUUGGGUUGCCUUUGAUUUUGCUCAGUUUGGUUUUCAUGUCAAUAUUAGGGGCUAUUUAUUUCAUCAAAAGGAGGAAGAAAUUUGCUGAGUUGCUUGAAGAUUGGGAAGAUGAAUAUGGCCCACAUAGAUUUAAGUUCAAAGAUUUAUACUUUGCCACAAAGGGUUUCAGGGAAAAGGAAUUAUUGGGAGUUGGUGGAUUUGGAAGAGUCUACAAAGGUGUGAUGCCAGGUUCCAAACUUGAGGUUGCUGUGAAGAGAGUUUCACAUGAAUCAAGACAAGGAAUGAGGGAAUUUGUAUCGGAAAUUGUUAGUAUCGGUCGCCUUUGCCACCGGAAUCUUGUUCCACUUCUCGGCUAUUGCAGGCGAAAAGGCGAGUUGCUUCUGGUCUAUGAUUACAUGCCUAAUGGAAGUUUAGACAACUAUCUAUACAACCAACCAAAAAUGAGCUUGAAUUGGAGUCAAAGAUUUAGAAUCAUCAAAGGAGUUGCUACAGGUUUGUUCUAUCUUCAUGAAGAAUGGGAGCAAGUUGUGAUUCAUAGAGACAUAAAGGCUAGUAAUGUGCUAUUAGAUGGUGAAUUGAAUGGUAGAUUGGGAGACUUUGGUCUUGCAAGGUUGUAUGAUCAUGGUGUUGAUCCACAGACAACUCAUUUGGUUGGAACUAUAGGGUAUCUUGCUCCUGAGCAUACUAGAACAGGUAAGGCCACUAAAUAUUCUGAUGUGUUUGCUUUUGGUGCAUUUCUCCUUGAAGUUGUUUGUGGUAGAAGGCCUAUAAAUCAUGUAAAUGAAAGUGAAACUAUAAUCCUAGUUGAUUAUGUGUUUGAUUGUUGGAAAAGAGGUGAGAUUCUUGAGGCAAAGGAUAUAAAUCUAGGCACAGAUUAUAGUUCAGAAGAGGUAGAGUUGGUUUUGAAACUUGGCAUGUUGUGCUCACAUUCAGAACCUAUGGCUAGACCAAGUAUGAGACAAGUUGUGCAGUAUUUGGAGAUGGAUAUACCUCUGCCUGAUUUGUCUUUGCUUAGUUUAUCUUCUUCUGGGUUAGCUUUUGGACACAAUGAAUUUUUUGGGGACUUUCCAAUGUCAUAUCCAUCUUCUACAGACAAGACAUUCACACAAACUUCUGUCUCUGUUACUGAUUCACUUCUCUCUAGUGGUCGAUGAUUUUAAGAUGAAUGUGAAAUGUAUGUUUAAUUGGUAUACUUUGAUAGGUAAAUGUGUUUAAUUAGUAAAAAUAUAGUAUAAAAAUUAAGUUUUCUUUUAUAUUGUUACAACUUAAGUAGUUAAAAUUUGCUAAGUGUGAAUGCCACGUUACAGUGGAAAACAUCCAUGUGUAUAUGGUUUAAUCAUCCUUGCUUGUUGCAAAAAAUAAGACAACUUUAUAAAUGAUAGUAUAUUAUAAAUGAGUUUUGUGUGGAUAGAAAAACUUCCCUACGUUGUUUCUCAACUUGUAUCUGGUUGGAACACUUGUGGUUACUAGUUUUCAAUAUGAGGAUCUUUGGAAAAAGAAAAAUUGAUAGAUUGACUAAUUCCAAGAAAAAAGAAAACACUAAUUUAUGACAAUUC